UCGUCUGCUCUCCUGUCCGCUCCUGUCCGCUCAGGCUCCUGUCCGCAUGGCGGUGGCUGCCUCCGAGGCGCAGGAUCGCUCCCUCCUGCUCACCCGGGAGAGGGAUCCUCCAGAGAGCUGAAGGGGAGCGGUGCGGGAAUUUUAACCCUCGCACUUCGCCGGCGGACAGUGCUGCCUUCCUGUGCGUUUGUGAGGGGAGAAAACUCGGCAGAGGAAGAGGGGGAGGAAGAAAGGCAGGAGGGGAGGGGGAGAAAGUUGAUUGACUUGCAGAGAGGUGAAGGUUUCCCGUGGCUCCCACAGCACUUUGCACUGGAGACCUCUCAGUCUGCCUGAAGCUUGGAGAAUGGAGACAGAGCUGCUGCCUGAGCUCCCAGCGAUGCCCCUCGGGGGCAAUGGGAGCACGCAGAUGGUGCCAGACACAGCCCUGCAGUCCCAAGGCAGGGGCACAGCCAUGUUUAUUGUCCGCUGUGUGAUCCCUUCACUUUACCUGCUCAUCAUCACCAUGGGCUUGCUGGGCAACAUCACCCUCAUGAAGAUCUUCAUCUCCAACAGCGCCAUGAGGAGUGUGCCCAACAUUUUUAUCUCCAGCCUUGCUGCUGGUGAUCUGCUGCUGCUAGUGACCUGUGUGCCUGUGGAUGCCUCUCGGUAUUUUUCCGAGGAGUGGCUCUUUGGGGAGGUGGGCUGCAAGCUCAUCCCUGCCAUCCAGCUCACCUCUGUUGGUGUCUCUGUCUUCACCCUCACCGCGCUCAGUGCUGACAGGUACAAAGCAAUUGUAAAUCCCAUGGACAUCCAGACCUCCAGUGCAGUGCUAUGGACCUUUCUUAAAGCCAUUGCCAUCUGGGUAAUUUCCAUGCUUCUAGCAGUUCCUGAAGCAGUGUUCUCUGAACUGGCCCACAUCAAUGACACGGAUAAUGUCACUUUCACAGCAUGCAUACCAUACCCCAUGACGAACGACGUGCACCCGAAGAUCCAUUCUGUGCUGAUUUUCCUUGUGUAUUUCCUUAUCCCUCUUGCUGUUAUUAGUAUCUACUACUGUCAUAUUGCAAAGAGUUUAAUAAAAAGUGCUCACAACAUCCCUGGAGAAUACAGUGAGCAUUGCAAAAGGCAGAUGGAAACUCGGAAACGUCUGGCAAAAAUUGUUCUAGUUUUUGUUGGCUUCUUUGCUCUCUGCUGGUUUCCUAACCAUGUUCUAUACAUGUACCGAUCUUUUAAUUACAAUGAAAUUGAUCCAUCGACAGGACAUAUGGUUGUUACCUUAGUGGCCCGAGUACUAAGCUUCUGCAACUCUUGUGUCAACCCAUUUGCACUGUAUUUUCUCAGUGAGAGUUUUAGAAGACAUUUCAACAACCAGCUUUGCUGCAGGAGGAAAGCUCAGCAAGAGAGAUCCGCCAGCUACUUGCACAACUCUUCUGCUAUUCAAAUGACUUCCCUGAAAAGCAAUAUCAGGAACACAGUGACUAGCAUGACACAACUGAAUGGGCACAACUUGAAACAAGAAAUGGCAUUAUGAUUUAAUAGGUGUGAUUUUUGGCUGUGGAAGAUUUGCACUUUUUCUUUGCAGUUUGCAUCUCAUUUUUGGCUCUCAUGCUUAGACUGAGAUGUCACAACAAAGGAUCUGCUAAAUCUGGUGAAUUGGAGGUUAUUCACUUCUAGUGUUACUUUUAGAUAGAAGUGAAGAGUUUGUUUUAUUGAGAAAACAAAACUGACUGGCUGCAUAUUGUAAUUUAAAGGAGAUGCUGAUAUAUAUUUAACAUAUAAAAAAAUACAUCGAUGGUGUGAGUUUUAGUGUAGCUGAUCUAACAUUACUUUAAAAAGUGUAGAUUUUUUUGAUCUAAAAAAUAUGUAUUUUUAACUGAAUAUUUAUCCAGACUUAUGUGUUACUUAGGUUUUGCAUGAUUCUAGCUGUGUGGUGUGUACAAGCAUUGUUCAUUAAGACUGGUAGGCAUUUUGGACCCAAUUAAAGAGCCAUUGCAAUGCAUAGAUUCUAGUUUCAGAAAAAAAAAGAA